AUGACCGGGAAAAACAGAGAGUAGCGGCUAUCAUGUCAUCUGCAUUAUCCCUCUCCGUGUUAUCCCCCAUCACACAUCCCCGUCUCCAUCGCCGGCGUUGCCCUGCUCCCUCCCUUUCCAUUAACAACUCCUCCAACGGCAAGCCACCGCCGACCACUUCAUGGGUGAGCCCAGACUGGCUGACGUCCCUCACCAAAUCACUCGCCACAUUAGGCCCCAAAGACGACUCCAACAUCCCCGCCGCCAGCGCCAAGCUCGAUGACGUCUCCGAUCUUCUCGGCGGCGCCCUCUUCCUGCCUCUCUUCAAGUGGAUGAACGAGUACGGCCCCAUCUACCGCCUCGCCGCCGGUCCCAGGAACUUCGUCAUCGUCAGCGACCCCGCCAUUGCCAAGUAUGUGUUGCGGAAUUACGGCACCAAGUACUCCAAGGGCCUCGUGGCCGAGGUUUCUGAGUUUUUGUUUGGUUCCGGCUUCGCCAUCGCCGAGGGUUCUCUUUGGACGGUAAGGCGCAGGGCCGUGGUUCCGUCACUUCACAAGAAGUACUUGUCGAUAAUAGUUGAACGGGUCUUUUGCAGAUGCGCUGAGCAGAUGGUUGAGAGACUGAAGCCCAGUUUAGUCAAUGGCUCUGCUGUAAACAUGGAGGAAAAGUUCUCACAGCUAACUCUUGAUGUUAUCGGAUUAGCUCUAUUUAACUAUGAGUUUGAUUCUCUCACGACCAAUAGUCCAGUUAUUGAUGCAGUUUAUAAUGCAUUGAAAGAGGCAGAGCUUCGCUCAACUGAUCUAUUACCGUACUGGAAGAUUAAUGCUUUAUGUAAAGUAAUACCAAGACAAAUCAAGGCUGAAAAGGCAGUUUCUAUAAUUAGGGAAGCUGUUGAGGAGCUCAUAGCAAAGUGCCGGGAGAUUGUUGAAGCUGAGGGUGAGAGGAUCAAUGAGGAGGAGUAUGUGAAUGAUGCAGAUCCAAGCAUUCUUCGCUUCUUGCUUGCCAGCAGAGAGGAGGUAUCAAGUACCCAGCUGAGAGAUGACCUUCUAUCGAUGUUAGUUGCUGGCCAUGAGACCACCGGUUCUGUGUUAACUUGGACAGCAUAUUUGCUAAGUAAGGAUCCACCCUCUUUGCGAAAAGCACACGAAGAAGUUGACAGAGUUUUACAGGGUCGGCUUCCAACCUAUGAAGACAUAAAGAAUCUCAAGUUUUUGACACGUUGCAUCAAUGAAUCAAUGCGUCUUUAUCCUCAUCCACCUGUCCUGUUGAGACGUGCUCAAGUUGAUGACGUGCUACCUGGGAACUACAAGGUCUAUCCUGGUCAAGAUAUCAUGAUCUCAGUCUACAAUAUCCAUCGCUCUGCAGAGGUGUGGGAAAGGGCUGAUGAUUUUUUUCCAGAAAGAUUCGAUUUAGAUAGCCCAGUUCCAAAUGAAGCGAACACAGAUUAUAGAUAUAUCCCAUUCAGUGGAGGGCCGCGCAAGUGUGUAGGCGAUCAAUUUGCUUUACUUGAAGCAAUUGUAUCCCUUGCAGUACUUCUGCAGCACAUGAGCUUUGAGUUAAUCCCAGACCAAACUAUCGGCAUGACUACUGGAGCCACUAUCCACACAACAAACGGCCUAUACAUGAAAUUGAGCCAAAGACAAACUGCAUCCACCUCUGCUGCAGCAAAUCCCUGAAGGUGAUUGCUAUAUAAGGUGAUUUAAUCAGUUGUUUGCAUUUAUUAGCAUCAGCACCAUGCAUUAGCAUUACUAGAUGAAAUUCUCCGAUCCACAAAUCCGUUUUCGCUUAUGUUGCUGCUUCUUAACGAAGCUGCAGAUAGUGUAAUGUAUUUCACACGAUACGAAUCCCCUACUGUAAUUCUACAUUUUUUAAUGAAUUAAAGAUGCUCGGUCA